GAGGAGGCAGACGGUGUCCGUUCUAUAUACAGUGUGUGAUUGUCACACAAAACAGUAAAGCUUUUUAGUGUUUUGUUUCCUAAAAUUCGUUACCAGAAUAUGUUCUUUAUAUCAAAUUGACCCAGACAUUUUUAUCAUGAAAAAUAUCUGGUAUUUACUGGUUGCGAAUAUAAAUAACAAUAAAAAAGAAUCUAAAAUGAUAUACAGCUUUUACUCUUAAUUGAGUUUAAUCACCUUCAAUUUUUCCCUACAUGAAAAUUAAUGAAUUACUCAAGUUAUGGUUAUUUGACUGUUGAAAGCGUUAAUAAAAAUGUUCAUAUUAUGGACAACACGGAAAUUCCAUCUUGUUUUUCACCUUAUUUUGAAAGUCUUGACAGGAAACGCUGGAGUUCAACCCUUCCAACUUUACGUCUACGCGCAGCGGCAGCAGGAGGGAGCGGCUCUGGUAGAGCGACAUCCACAGAGAGUGUGAAAGAGAGAGAGAGAGAGCAGUGGAGCGGACGGGUGGAUGACUGUGAGUACCGCUUCCUUUCUCUCUUUUCUCUCUUUUCUUUAUUCCUUCGCUUUUUCUUUCUUUUAUCCCUUUCCUCCAUUAUGUUAACUCAGCUUUACCCGGGUCAGAUCUUGACAGGGGCGAAAGCGAAGGGGGACAGGCCGUUGCCGAGUCGAGUCGAGCUGGGUUGGGUUUGCGGAAGCGACCGGCGGACAGACAGACGGACGGACAGACUGGAGCACCGUUAAUGAUAAUACUAUUGAUAUUACACACACAUAGACAGCUGGGUAACAACAUGGCGGGCGUGUGUCUGUCUCUCCGUCUGUUUCACGCCGCAUAGGUCUUUGAGAUCCGGCUUUCAGUUUGUCUCCAGUCUCCCAGGCAGCGGGGCCUCUUGCCAGAACUGGCCGGGUGAGGGGCGUUCAGAGACGGUCACAGAGCUGCGGAACUCCCGCUACUCUGUCGGAGGAAUAAGAGGGGAAGAAACUUAUUACUGACUGCAGAGUUGGGGAGUUCGGAGUCAUUUAUCUGCCUCUUUCUCUGUCUGUCUCCCUGUCUGAAUACCUGUCUGUCUCACUCCAGUCUAUAGACAAGGAUUGGUUUUAUUCCUCUGCUGUUGUACUGUCAGCAACACACACUUAGUUACACACACACUCACACACACCCACACACACUCUGAGUAUUGACAGGCCCCACCUAGUUCUGGUUGACUCAGGGAUCUGUGUGUUUGUGUGUCCAUCUUUCUCCUCCACCAACUUUACUUUAGAAGAUUAACAUCGUGCUGCAUUCAGUGCCAGUUGGAAAAAGCAGAACUACACAAUGAGCAUCAUAAAUUGGGUAAAACACAAGAGUAUCUGAGGAGGGGUUUCAAUCAUUAGAGAACUAAUAGUGUACAGGGAACCGCAUUAAAGCAUAAAAAGUUCAAUCUUGGGAUUCUCACAAUUUUAUGGGUCAAGAAAAAAGGAUCUUUACACCUUAUAACCGUAUUAACCCCUUUGCAUCCCCCAUUCUUUUUUUUCAUGAUGCAAAUGUGCACAACAGACAACAGAUUAAUGAUUCAGAAAUAAGCAGAGUAUUUUAUUAUUUGAGGAUACUCUUUAAAAGAAAUGUGGAUGUUAAAGAAGCCACAUGGUAAAUUUUAUGAAAUUUUCUCAUCUAGUGGAGAAAUAAAAAACAUUUUGUUCUUAAAAGGCACUCUUACGAAGCCUUAUACAGGAAUUUUUCAGGAUCUGCCAUAUUUGUAAUUGCUUAAAAAGACAACUCAGAGACAUCUCUGAAAAGAAACACACAAUAUUGUGCUGUAGAAUUGUGCAUUUUUCUGUGUUUUCAUUUGGUAUCAUUUUGUGGCCCCUCAGAUUGAUGUAUAUCUGAGUCUAUCUGUGUUCAUAUUUAUCAAUAUAACUUAUUACCUUAUCAAAUAAAACAUGUUGUACAAAUCCUGUCACGACCUCUGCCUGACAGUCUGAUGAAGCUCUUUAGUUGAGCUUGUAAUGAUCAUAAGAGGGGCUAUUAUUAGAGGAGUUUUGAUGCAUUAUUAAUACACAAUACAGUGAUUUAGACACUUAUUUGUUCCAGCUUUAUGAUGUAAAUAUUUUCUGCAGUUAACCAUCGUAAUGAUUUCAGCUAAACUUAACCCUUUGGAUGAACACACCUGGAAACUAGAGCACCUUUGGACAUUUUAUAGCUGUUUUCUGGCUUUUAAGACUAAACCAUUCAUUAAAUCUUCUAAAUGGUCUGACAGAUAUAUUCAUGAAAUGAAAAGUUGUAAACUGUAACCAUACAGCUGUUUUAAGUGGGUCUUGAUCUUCUAUAGCUUCUUAGUAGAGCUUGAAAUGUUAGUUUGAUAAGGUCACAAUCUUUGGUUUGGUACUGUUUUGAAUAUAUAAUUGGAAAAAAUUGUCAAGUAAAUCUAAUCAAAAAUCAUUCUUUCUCUGCUUUUUGGUCCCUCUUUGUUGUUGAAAAUUGAAAUUAAAUAUUUUGGACAAACAAAACCAGGAACUCAAACAAUUCUGUUGAGACACAGAUUUAUUUUUUUCCCAAAUGUUUGACUAAAGAAAACCCAGAAAAUAUUACAAAUUGUUCAGUUUACAAACGAAAACUGAAAAUCCUAAUUGGACUAAAAUUGAAACAACAGUGCAGCAAAUUAGCAUGAAACUUCCUCAAUCUAUCUUUAACUUGUUUUGGGUAAACUUAGGUGUAGUUUGCUGUAACAAAGGAGGAAGUUCAAUGAUCAAAGUGCUACUUAUAAAGUCAAAACGUCACAGGUUUUAUUACCAGAGUCUGAAGCUCUACUUACCCUUUGUAGCUCCUUGUUUUGGAUCUGUUGGCAUGAUCAAUACCUCAUUCAAUCUGAGUGUUUUCUUCUAAAAAAGUAGUGAACAGUCAUUUCAAAGAAGCAAAAUGGCUGUAUUCUGUCAGGACGGGGGUGGGGACCAAAAAAGAGCAAAAAGUGAAAAAAUAUUUAUAGACUGAGCUCUGUUUGGGGGCUCAUGUCACCUGUGUCUUCAUAAUGUGAGCUUUUUUUAAAAGAAUUUUAGCAAAAAUUUAACCAAUAACAGCUUAAUAGUAAGGUAGUAAUAUAACAAGGUUAUGUGCCUUUGCUGCCCCGAGGGGCCAUAAAAUGAAUUAGAGCAGAUUUAAAAGUAAAUAUAGAUAUUUGUUUUUGUAUGCUCUGGAUAAAAGAAGAUGACAUCAGUUCAGUUUUUGGUUGAGCCAGAACUUUAAUAUUAAAGGUGAAUAUCCAGGUGCUGGUCCCCCUCAGGUGUAAAAGUGGGAGGAGCCAAAAGAAUGGCCUCUUCGUUUAGAUAAACUUUUAAGAGAGUUGGGUCUUCUACUUUGAGCUCAUCAUCUGGCAGACACAUUUUCUUUUCAUUGGCCUCGCCUGCUUCUUCUUCUUCUUCUUCUCCUUCUUCUCUCUCCCCUCUCUGACUUCCGUGAAUCUCUGAACUCGUCCUGACUUGUUGCAUCAAGCGUAAGUGAGAGUCAUGAGGUGUUCCUGUUCAGACCUUCAGGCAAUGAAAUCUAAAACUUGUGAUGCAUUCACUUGCUAUAGGAAAGUUAAAACUCCUUCCUUCCUUUUUUUUUUUUUAAACCAGGUCUACUAUUCAUCUUGUGUAACAGGAUUACAGUGGAACACAGAUAUCACAUUAUAAACGCAGAUGUCUUGAAGAAAGACCACCAGCAGCCAAAAAUUUUUAAAACUCUAUAUUGUGGCUGUAGAGCUUGGACUACUUCAUUGUUUGUUUAAGUUAUUUUUAGUAAGGUGUUAAAUCUUUAUUCUAGGACGUUUGAGAUGUCUAUCAGGGCAUUACAUUGUAUCUCUAGAACAUUAUAGGUGUUCAUUUGGGUGUUAAAUUGGAGUUCCAAAGCACUUAAGUUUUUUUCUUGACGGAGUUAAAAUGUAGUUCUAGAAGACUUAAGGUUUUCAUAGGCUUGUUACAUUGUAGAUCUAUAACAUUUACAGUGUUUUCAGGGUGUUAUGUUGUAGUUAUAGAACAUCUAAGGUGUUUGUAUGGGUGUUACAUAGUGAAUUCGAGAUCAGUUAAGGUGAUUUUUGAGGCGUUGCAUUGUGUUUGCUAGGGUGUUAUAAUGUCAUUCUAGCGAAUUUAAGGUGUUGGCCGGGGGGUGUAACUUUGUUGUUCUAAAACAUCUAAAGUGUUUUUUAAGGCGUUAGAUGGUAAUUCUACUGCCAGAGUGUUACAUUGUAGAACACCAAGUGUUUGAUAUGAUAUUUAUGAUGUGAAGUACCAUAACAUAUUAUAUAACAUUGUAGUUCUUGAAUGUUUUAAGAUGUCUGCCAAAAAGUCACACUGUUCUAUUCAUAUGUUACAGGGUUUGGCCAGGAAGCUACAUUGUAGAUGUAGAAUAUCAAAGUAACUACUAGAAUUAAGUCUUCGUGUGUCUGCUAGAGUGUGUCACUGAGGUUCUAGUAUGUCUAGGGAAUGCUGCAAGUAACUGUUCUAGAAUGUUGCAGUUGUCUGCCAUAUUGUCACAUUGUAGUUCUAGAAUGUUCAACCUGCCUGAGGGAGUGAUACAUUGUAGGUUCUGCGUGUUACACUGUAUGUCUAGAAUGCUUAGCGUGUCUGUUAGAUUGUAAAACUGUAGUCAAUGAACAUUUAGGUUGUGAACCAGAUCGUUACAUUGUUGUUGUUUUUUUACACAGGCACAAAUUUUAGACUGUGCAGAAUGUCUGUCAGCCUGUAACACUAAAAUUAUAUGUCAAGGGCAUCGGAUAGAAAGUUACAUUGUGGUUCUAUAAUGUCAUAACUCUACAUUGUAGUUCUAGAAUGUUGAGGGUUUCUGAAAGAUUGUUUCGUUGUAGUUCUAUAAUGUUAAGGGUGUCCAAUUAAAUGUUACUUUGUGGUUCUAGCACACAUUAGGCAUCUGAUAGAAUUUUACUUUUUAGUUCUAGAACUUUUCUUUGUAGUUCUAGAAUUUUUUUAUGUCUAUGCAAAAAUUUGCAAAGUGUAUUAAUAUCGAAACAUGGAGUCACAAAAUUUAUGACAUUUUAGGCAAGAAAAAGGGUUUUACACAUGCAAAAGAACGAUUCCGGGUUUUUGCUCAUUACUCCCGGCAAAACAAAUAUAUGAUUUUUUAAAACUUUCUUCUCUCUUGUCAACCUAAUUGGACCCAAACUGGGGAUUAUGGGUAAAAUAACAUGGUGGAGACAAAGCUAGUUUAAAAGAUAUGUUAAUGUUUGUUCCCCACAGCACCUGCUUAACCACACACAUCCACACACACUUAUGUCAUCACCAUGGUAACCUUGGCAGACCCUUAUUAACAGAGAUGAGUGUGUGUGUGUGUGUGUGUGUGUGUGUGUGUGUGUGUGUGUGUGUGUCGUCUCCCAUCAUGUUGCUUCUUGUUGCUGCAGUGAUGGUGAGGCAUGAUUGGUAUGCACACACACGCACGCACACACACCCAUCCACACACACACACAUUUAUGUAUAUGGAUACAGACAUAUGAGGGUGCAUAGCAACAGUAACCAGGAAGGAUUCCACAGUUGUGACAUCACCACCAGCUGUGUGAUCAUGUGACUUCUCAGUUUUCAAAAUGCUUCCAGAUGCAUGCUGGGCAACAAUUACCCCCUAGUAAGAGGAUCUGUGUGUAAAUAUGCGUGUGUGUGUGUGUGUGUGUGUGUGUGUGUGUGUGUGUGUGUGUGGAAUUGAUAGUUUAACAGCUCCAGGUGCUGGGCCUAAUAUAAUGUUGUGCUGUCAUUGGCUGUUAGGAAAUGAGGUCUUGAAGUCAACUUAUCAUUACCUUAACCUCUCUCUCUGUCUUCCUCCCAACAGACAGACAGUCAGGAUGCGUGAAUACAAACUGGUUGUUUUAGGAUCAGGAGGAGUCGGCAAGUCAGCUCUGGUAAGUUCUCAGUAAAAGUCACUUCUCUAUCUCUUCUGUCAGCAUCACGGCUUAAUUUACACUCACCGGCCACUUUAUUAGGUACACCUGUCCAACUGCUCGUUAACACUUAAUUUCUAAUCAGCCAAUCACAUGGCGGCAACUUAGUGCAUUUAGGCAUGUAGACAUGGUCAAGACAAUCUCCUGCAGUUCAAACCGAGCAUCAGUAUGGGGAAGAAAGGUGAUUUGAGUGACUUUGAACGUGGCAUGGUUGUUGGUGCCAGAAGGGCUGGUCUGAGUAUUUCAGAAACUGCUGAUCUACUGGGAUUUUCACGCACAACCAUCUCUAGGGUUUACAGAGAAUGGUCCGAAAAAGAAAAAAUAUCCAGUGAGCGGCAGUUCUGUGGGCGGAAAUGCCUUGUUGAUGCCAGAGGUCAGAGGAGAAUGGCCAGACUGGUUCGAGCUGAUAGAAAGGCAACAGUGACUCAAAUAACCACCCGUUACAACCAAGGUAGGCAGAAGAGCAUCUCUGAACGCACAGUACGUCGAACUUUGAGGCAGAUGGGCUACAGCAGCAGAAGACCACGCCGGGUGCCACUCCUUUCAGCUAAGAACAGGAAACUGAGGCUACAAUUUGCACAAGCUCAUCGAAAUUGGACAAUAGAAGAUUGGAAAAACGUUGCCUGGUCUGAUGAGUCUCGAUUUCUGCUGCGACAUUCGGAUGGUAGGGUCAGAAUUUGGCGUCAACAACAUGAAAGCAUGGAUCCAUCCUGCCUUGUAUCAACGGUUCAGGCUGCUGGUGGUGGUGUCAUGGUGUGGGGAAUAUUUUCUUGGCACUCUUUGGGCCCCUUGGUACCAAUUGAGCAUCGUUGCAACGCCACAGCCUACCUGAGUAUUGUUGCUGACCAUGUCCAUCCCUUUAUGACCACAAUGUACCCAACUUCUGAUGGCUACUUUCAGCAGGAUAAUGCGCCAUGUCAUAAAGCUGGAAUCAUCUCAGACUGGUUUCUUGAACAUGACAAUGAGUUCACUGUACUCAAAUGGCCUCCACAGUCACCAGAUCUCAAUCCAAUAGAGCAUCUUUGGGAUGUGGUGGAACGGGAGAUUCGCAUCAUGGAUGUGCAGCCGACAAAUCUGCGGCAACUGUGUGAUGCCAUCGUGUCAAUAUGGACCAAGCUCUCUGAGGAAUGCUUUCAGCACCUUGUUGAAUCUAUGCCACGAAGAAUUGAGGCAGUUCUGAAGGCAAAAGGGGGUCCAACCCGUUACUAGCAUGGUGUACCUAAUAAAGUGGCCGGUGAGUGUAUAUUCAGUGAAAUACACACAAAAUAGCCUCACCUUUGCUCUGUUUAAUACAAUGAACACACUCUGUAGUUUGUUUGACUAGUCACACAAAAACACUUGCCAGAGAGCCAAAUGUCGAUUUGUCCGCAGCUGUUGGUCCCCAACAAACUCACUACACCCCUCUGUUUGUUUGAUUAGAAGCUACAGGAAGCAGCUGCUUUUGCAGAUUUUAGGAGAAUGAAUAUGUUUUGAGUUGAAAGCCACAUUUAAAGUAAGGACAUAUUCACAGAUGUAGAAAUAUAACCAAGACAGAUGCUGGCAAAUGUUAGUUCUUUUUCCACAGUCUCAUAAAACAUACUGAAACUCAAGUUUCAUGUAGACCGAAGUGGGCCUCAACGCAAUAAUGCCAUAUUAAAGGGAUAUUCCGGUGUAAAAUUAAGUUAAGGUCAAACACACCAUCACACCAAGAUAGACACCCCGUCGAGAAAUGAAUGUUGCCGACUGCUUGUUUCUCUAGUUAUACCAACUUUAGUAACGACCACACAAUAGCAAUACACAGCGGUCACAGGAGCCACACGCACACCUCAACCAAAACGCCACUCUAAAGCCACAAAUAAUGCUCAGAACAGCACCUAACUUCAUCAACAGUACAUAUAGGGUCCCUGCUAUGGUACUAGCCACCAAACAUCUUUUUAGCUUUGCCUAAUUUCUUUUGCAAAGAGACUAAACACAACUCAACCACUCUCUUCCAGCAGCUGCUUGUCUGUAGAGAGACCUUGGAUGAGUCCAUCACCGACUGCUGCGGGGUGACGCAGCUCAAGGAAGAACAUUUAUGAUCAAUACUUUAUCAUUUCCUCGAAAUAAUAAUCAUCAUAUUAAUCAUUUUGCACUACAGAUGCAGUAGUUCUUCUGCCUUAGCGUCUUGGUCUAAUUGUAUUUCCAUGAAGAAAUGAUUAUAAAUGUUCUUCCUUGAGCUGCGUCACCCCGCUGCAGUAUUGUGAUGUACUGUGUAGUAUCCUAUCUAAUCGUAUUAUAUCUAAUCGUAUCAUGUCGAAAUAUGUUAUUGUAUCAUAUCAUAAAGUAACCAAUUAUAUUGUAUUGUAUCAUACUGAAUCAUAUCAUAUUGUACUGUAUCAAUACGAUGGUGUGGUAUGGUGUAGCCUCCUUCAGUAUUAAAUUGUACUAUACUGUACCCUAUCAUAUUUUAUUGAAUCAUUCAGUUGUGUUAUGAGGUAUAGUUCCGUACCAUACCAGUGGGUUACCCUGCAUCUGUGUCACUGAAAAAAGACAGCUCAGGACUUUUUAGUCUGGACUUUUCAGUCAAAAUAUGAGCAUUUGUGCUGCAGAGAAAGAGUUUGUCGAUACCUUGGUGUUUGUAAUGAAUUUAAACCUCAAACUUAUUGGAGUAAAAGGAGGAGAAGAAAAUUACUCAGAAGGACAGGAAUAAAGACACAUAAUUUUCCUGAUGAAUCCUUCUGUGUGACACACACACACACACACACACACACACACACACACACACACACACACACACACACACACACACACACACACACACACACACACACACACACACACAGAGUGGUGUAAGUCUUGUUACAAUGAAGUGCUUUACUCCAAUGAUAUAAUGGAGAUGUGUCAGUGUGUCACAUUAAUUCCAUUCUAAUGACUUUCAAUAGAGAACAGAACAGAGCUCCAUUAACACCACUGGCCUACUUCUAUUUAUCCCUUUGCCUGUCUCACUGUCUCUCUGUCUCACUGUGUCUCUGUCUCACUGUGCCUCUGUCUCACUGUGUCUCUGCAGACUGUCCAGUUUGUUCAGGGAAUCUUUGUGGAGAAGUACGACCCCACGAUAGAGGACUCCUACAGGAAGGUGAGACAGCUGCAGGAGGGAAAGGAAAUUUAGAAGAUGAUUCCUGUGAGAAAAAGGGAAAAUAAGAAGAAUCAUAAUAUUGUUCAUCGGAUGGAGAGAUAAAAAGUCUGAAUUGUCAGAAAAUAUGUCCAAAUUGUGUCAUUCAUGUCAGUAAGGAAAAAAAAAAUCUCAAAUAGAUUAUGAACUGUAAAUUAUUGAGAAUAAUUGAAAAACUUUUAACAUAAAGGUCAAAACGGUUUAAAGCCAUGUUUAAAUGUGAGUUUUAGGUGUAUGGUAGGUCAAACAUGAGACAAAUACUCAGAAUACACAAUUUUGGAUAUCAUUGACAUCUGAAAUGCUGAUAUUUUCAGUCUCAUUUUAGCUGAUACAGAAAUAAACAGAUCGUUAUUUUUAAUUGUCGUGUUUCGCCUGAAGUAGAACUACAUGUCACUUGUCUUUUUGUUUUAGGACCUGAAUAAAACAGGACAAAAAGCAUUUGAUUUAACCAUAAAUGAAUAAUAGGUCCGUUUCCAACUUCAAAGUACUUCCAUACUUCCAUAUAUGUGAAGGCUGUCAUUGUCAUGCUAAUUAUAUUGUGCAUUCUAAGUUUUUCUCUGAGAGUGAUGACAAAUUAUGAAGUUUUUUUUGUGUAAUUAUGACAUAAGGAUCUGUUCAACUCUCUUUCCAGCAAGUUGAAGUGGAUGGACAGCAAUGUAUGUUGGAGAUCCUGGACACAGCAGGAACAGUAAGAUCUUUUAACCCCGUCCUUCUCCCUCCUUGACAGACACCUAGACACCUUUCAUGUCAGGAAACAGAUUUUGUCUGUGUUUAACCUGUGUGUGUGUGCCUGUGUGUGUUCAGGAGCAGUUCACAGCGAUGAGGGACCUGUACAUGAAGAAUGGUCAGGGUUUCGCCCUGGUUUACUCCAUCACGGCUCAGUCCACUUUCAACGACCUACAGGAUCUCAGAGAGCAGAUCCUCAGAGUGAAGGACACUGAGGAUGUAUGGAACACAUACACACACACACACACACACACACACACACACACACACACACACACACACACACACACACACACACACACACUUGAACAUUAAAUGCUCAAUGUCCUGGAGGUCAGGGUUUGGGAAGGAAAAAAAAGGUCCUCAAGGGAGUUUAAGGAUUUUCUCUUUGCUGCCCCUGCUGGUUGAAGGUUGUGCAGGCUGCAGGAUGAGGCAGCUUGUAGUGAUAAGUAAAACGACACCUGAGCAGCACUUUGCACUAAUGUAUCUAUGCUGUACAUUAAGAGCUCUGUGGUGCCUUGGACAUGCUGUACUGCGGUCGUUUCUUACCUCAUGAAUCUAGAUUAUGUAAAGAGAUUUAAAAAAACCACAAUUUCAUUUAUUCUUUUUUGGUUUAUUUAAUAAUUAGUUCCUAAACUAAAGAAAUUGGUGGAAAAUGUCUGUCAAAGCUUCUUAGAACCAAAGCUGGCAUCUAUAAACCAUGAGAAUAAGUGGCGCUCCUCUUGAUCUGCGAUUUAAAUAAUUAAAUGAUCAAAGAUUAAAAGUCUUUCAAUCAUCUCUUCAAUUAAUCGUUGAGGUACUAAAGUGAAAGUAGUUCUGCAGGAGAAGAUGCUUUCCAGUCACUCAAAUACUUACAUGAUCUAUAAAUGGUUCAUUGAUUCAAUCACACGCUGUAAACGGUGACACCUGCUGGUCAAACGUUAGCACUUCACUUAAACAGAUGAAACAGAUCUGUUUCAUGGACCAAAAGCUUUUUAAGAUGUUAUUGAGGAUUGCUUUUUAAGGUUGAUUUUCUGAUAGGGGGUUGUUUUAUAUUUUCAAACAUGAUGCCUUCAGGUUCCAAUGAUCCUGGUUGGAAAUAAGUGUGACCUGGAGGUAGAGCGUGUUGUGGCCAAAGAUUCAGGUAUUGGCCUCGCCCGCCAGUGGAACUCCUGCGCCUUUCUGGAGACCUCGGCUAAGAGCAAGAUCAACGUCAAUGAGGUAAAGACAUACACAUCCACUCACAGAAGGGGUUUGUCAUGAUAGGUCAUUUAAAACACAAAAAGCUAAAUGAUGUUAAUACUAGUUACAACACUACAGCAACAAAAUACCAACUCCUGGGUGACCAAAUUUAGUUAAUUUCCUUUGUUUUGAAAUACCAUACUGCAAACAAGGUGGUGGUGUUUGCAGGGAUUGCUCUUUCUCUCAGUAUUCUGUGAUUUUCUGUAUUUGGAUAAUUUAUUUAUUUCAGUCACUUCGGUAAUGUGCAGGUGCAGCUUGAUUAGAUUACUAUUCUCGUCCCAGUUUACAAGCAGCGGCAAACUGGUGAUUGGUGGAAACAUGACCAACUCAGGUCAUAUCCAGUGGCAGACAGUGAUAGCACAAGCCUGGGGCACAUCUCAAAAGUCUCCAAAAUUACCCCCUAAUUCCUUUUCUAUCCUAUUUCCUUGACCCCUAGUUGAAAACAUCACAGGGUUCAGUUCGGAAAAGACAGUUUGAAGAACUGAGGAAACAUCUGUCAGGUUUCAUGUCUCUUAAUAUGAACCUCUUGUAACUGUCUUUUUCACAUGAAUCAUAAGUUUGAUUGAACGAAAAUAUUUUCAGUUCAGUUAUAAGGCUUAGUUUUCAUUUCAUUAUCAUCUCUAUGCCCCUACGUAACUCACCAAUCACUACUUUUUCUCACAACAGCUUUAGGUAAUUUAAAAUGACCAGAGAUCAAUUUUUUAUUCAAGUUUUGGGACUUCUCUACAUCACAUAACCCAAAAAUCAGGCGAUUGUAUUAUUUUACAACACCCUUGGAGGUUUUAAAGAACGUGACAAUCUUAAAGAAUGUCCAUUUUGUUUACAUAUAGAUUAUAUGUCUUUAAGAGAUUUUCUGUGUUUGAAAAAUGUAUUUCCCCGAAGAGUUGAGGUCCACUGUAGAUAGAUACUCAUGAUUUGUGUGUGUGUGUCUGCGCAGAUCUUCUAUGACCUUGUGCGACAGAUCAACAGGAAGAGUCCAGUUCCAGGAAAAACUCGCAAAAAGUCCACUUGUCAGCUUCUCUAAUGACAGGUACAUCUAAAAUAUACACUUACAUUUUUGGACAAACUCAUGAUAAUGUGCAAAGCUACAUUCCAUAGGUACACAAGUAGAUUUAAUUGCUUCCGAGUCCAAAAACUACAGUUCCCAUAAUGCUCUAUUUGUGAAGAGGAAUGGCUUCUUACUUUUCUAACUGUAUUUUUCUCUUUCCUCAGUUUUCUCCUCACCUGACCAACAAACAACCAAUCACACCACAUCUUCCAGCUGGCCACGCCCCUUUAACACAACCAUGUCAUCAUUAACAUUAGCCACCUCUGACCUCUGUUCUUGUGACGACCAUAACUCCCCAUUACCCUUCACCACACUGUCUGAUGGAGACGGUUGCCUUGGAAACAUUUAAACCAAACAAACAUCAAAAAGACUGCAGUGGUGGUGGUGAUGAUGAUGAUGAUGAUGAUAAUGAUGAAGAUGAUGAUUCUGCUGUGGCAGGAAUGGGGGCUGUUCAAACAACUGCCCAGUUCUAAACUACAGUUCCCAUAAUGCUCUCUGUUAGGCAAUUUUACACAGGGGGAGUGGCUUCUUGCUUUUUUUAUUUUAAAUGUUUCUUUCCUGUCUUUUCUCUUUUUUCCUUCUUGUUUUUUCAGCUGUCCCGAGCGACUCACACGCAGUUUGCCCUCUUUCCUAUCAGUCAUGUUGUUACCAUGGUUACUCUGGUGGUGUCACCGCUAGCAUGGCUGACUCUGCGUGUGUGCAGCUCUGGUAGAACCUGUGGAUUGAAACAGUGAUUCUUAUUACAGUGGUUAUUGUUAUGAUUCUGUGUGAAAAGAUAUAAAAGUCAUUUAUUGUUUUUUAAGUUUUGGGGGGGUGGGGGGAACAAGGGAGCAGCAGGGUUAGGAGUCAGCUCAGCGUGCUCGUAGCUACAAGCUAACUUAAGCUGCCUGUUUUUGCAGCUACUGAAGGCAAUUGGCAGAGAAUGCUAACCAUUUUUUGGGCCUGUUAAGAAAAUUCCUAAAGAUUAGCUUGUUACGUACAAAUAUCACAUCACUUUGUGAUUUGUCGUUAGCCUAGCAUCUGGCUGUUCCUAGCAUUAUAAAACCAAAAAAGUUGGGAUGCUUCACAAAACAUUAAUUAAAAUAGAAUUCAUUGUUUGUUUACCAUUUAAAUGCUAAAUUUUGUUGAAAAUAGCGCUAAGAUGACAUAUCAGAUGUUGAGAGAGUGAAGUUAAGUUGUUUCAUGAAAAAUUUUUAGAUGCGAGCAACAGGCUCCAAAAAAGUUUGGAUGGACAACAUUUUGACAACAAUAACUCUGAAAAAGUUCUGAAAUACUGUAAUACAAGAAUCAUUAGUAUCAUGACUGAGUUUAAAAAGGAUAUUUAGAGAGGCUUAGUCUUACAGACUGAAAGCUAGAAAGAUUUGUCACUUUGUGAGAGACUGUGUGAGCAACUCAUCCCACAAUUUUGGAAUAAUGUUCAAAAAAUUAAAAAAAAAAACAAAAAAAAAAUUUUUUCAUUCCGAUUCAUUGAAUCUCAAUACAUCUCUACAAAAGAGACAAACCAGUUCUGGAUAGCCCUCAGUGGAAAACAGACAUGACUUCGUAGUGGAAGUUGCUGCAUGGGUUUGCCAAAUCACAGUCUGCCCAUAUUACAACAGCACGGCUCUGUAGUUCAAGAGCCCAGGUAUCCCAGCUUGUGAAUCACAUAAAGUACAUGUGGCUCAAACAGAGUAGCUGAUAUCACAGUAGCAUGGUGAGCUGACUCUCAAUCUGCUGCUCAGGGCGGACAUGUUGCCUUCAGACAGCAGACUCACACUGGUCAGUACCCUCUGUAUGUGUGCGUAUGUAUGUGUUAUGAGUGUGUUUUUGAGCGUGUUUUUGAGUAAGUGAGUUGCUUAAAGAGUAUGAACCAGGCCAGUUUAUGUGAUGAUCAUUUUAGCCUGGGUUGGGUGGGUCUGGAGGGGGUUUACAUUCUACUUAACGAGCAGAGCAGCCAGCAGGUGUUGCUUCUGUAUUAUUAACCACAUAUUAUUAGAAUAUUGAUGUAAUUAACACAACACACCAUGAAAUGUGGGUCAAUGUUCCCUGUAUGUGACACACAUAAAACCAACUAUCUAGGAAAGAGGACAAAACGGCCCAAUGUCCUUUGUGUCCUAGGAGAAUUUCAUGCUAACACUUUAGCAUACACUGGGUCGAGUGUUUGCAGCUGAAAGCUAACAUGUUAAAGUGUAAGCAUGCUAAUAUGUGGAUGUUUUUCUCAAAAAGAUAAACUGAAAUUCAAGCCUUUUUAAACAGUAGCAUGACUGAGGUUAAGACUGACCUGUGGAGACCGGGUUUUGAUUGUAAGCCCUGCCUGUUUUUAUUUGGGGGCGUGGCCUGUAAAGCUGCAGCCACACAAAGCCUCUGAAUAUCUGUCUUCUGGUUGAAAUAUGAGAGUUGGUAUGUUGGACCAGUGACCUCUGUGAGUACUGCUGUGCACAGUGUUGUACUAUCAGGAGUACUGCAGUACAAGGUGGUACUGCUGUCAGUAUUCUGGUUCUCCUUUAGUACCUUCAGUCAUGUAGCAUGUUGAUGUUUCUGUCAGUUCUCAGUCUGACCUCCAGGAGGUGCUGUGACAGUUUGCAUGCCAAUCAGAAGCUUAAAGAGUGGAGGUCUGAUUGCCGCCGCUUCGGGAUGUUCCUGUUAGCAUUUCAGCAUUGCAACUAUUAACAUGCGAGCAAACAGGAUAGCUUAUGCUAUGAUGAUACCCAGAUGAUUUGCAUUGAGCAUUUUCCUGAAUAGGCUUCCAAGAAAGCCCUACUGCCCCCCUGAGGUCAAAAAACUACUUUUGUUAUGGAUAUUAUUUUUCACCACAAAGGGCAGCACUGAGCCGAUUUAUCUCUUGAAAACAAUAAACUCCCACAAAAUUGAGUCUAAUGCUACAUUAAAAAAAAAAAGCUUCCCACCAGUAUUUUUUAAAUUUAUGGGAGAAAAGACGCUUAAGUAUUUUAAGAAAAAAAAAACAGUGAGUAUCGUAGAGGAUAUUAAGAAUAGAUGUAUUUUCAAUGAUGGCGCCCACUGGAGUCUAUAGAGCCCAAAGAUGGUAGUGGCCAUAAUGGAUAUACUGACUCCAUCUAAUUUUUUGGCUUAUCUAGACUCUAACUUGCAAAGAUGUGCUAAUGCUAAAUUUCUUACCACAGUGCAAGUCAAAUAAGCCACACCCCUGAUCAACUGCAAUCUAACUAGCCUCUUAGCCUUUAUAUAAUUGAAAUUGACCAUGUACCGAAAAAUUAGUUAAAGCCAUCCAAACUUUUGAACCAGGUUGUAAAUGUCUUAAAUCCAGUUGUGAGAAUGGGUGUUUUAACAUGGGGCCUUUCAUGUUUGAACUCACUCUGGAGUCCGCCUCUAGUGGCCACUCAAGGAACUGCAGUUUUUUUAAAACCUUCUCCACCAAAAAACAGCGUUUAACCUCUUUAUAGACUCUCACUAUGUUUUUUCUCUUGCACACAGUGUUCAUUUUGGGGGAAGGGCUCUAAAUUUUCUCUAAUAAAAUAUCCAUGAUUUGUGCAGAAAUGGUAAAACGGAAAAUAUCCUCUCACUUUUUCCAGCUUUUUAAGUAUCUUUUAACCAUUUUUGAGUGUUAACACAUUUAUGAAAAAAUCCUCAAGUAUUAUCAGGUUUUCCAAAUUGAGAAGCCUAUUUUGCUUUAUGGUCGAUGGUAGCACCUGGGCACCUGGAGCUCUCAUCACCUUUAAAAUUGAAAGCCCUGUCACGGCUGCAGUCAGACCUUUCUGGCAUCCAAAGUAACAGAGGCUGUGGUGUUAGUUAUCAUUACAGAACAGUGAACUGCACAGACCAAAAGCCAUGAUCUUGGAGCUUUACCAAGAAUCUGAAGGUCUAAAUUUGCUUUUAAAAAAGCAUCAAAAAUUGUGGUUUCUAAAGCUGUCAGACAAUCAGACAAGCACUUUGUUUGAAGCUUGACGUUUACAGUAAAUUGUGGUAAAAAAAACAAACAAACAUAUUUUUCAUUUUUGAUAGAAAUUAGCUAGCAGUUUGCAUCUGCUUCCAGUGUUUGUGCUAAGCUAGGCUUAAACAUGCUGGACCUACUUAAUGUUCUGAAGUGAUGGCUGCCACCACAGCUGAAUGCAAACUAAAAUAACUCAGCCACAAAGAGAAAACAUUAUAUUUGCAUUACUGAAACAAACCUGCUUUUUUUCUCUGUAUGGCAUGAUGACCAGUGAAAUGUAAAAGAAACCAGUUCAGACAGCAAAGUAUCAAGUUUAAAAAUUGGUUUUCACUUUGCUGUAUUAUCACAAUUCAGCAGGGACAAGGUUUUAAACUGGUAUUAAAUAAGUCUGAACUGGCUUUUUCCUGAACAGAAACCCACAGCAGCAGAGGGAGGUGAGAAAAGGGGGAGGGUAAGGGGUGGGAGGGGGGUGAAGCCAAAUGUAAAGUAAAAACUAAAAAGCCUUAAAUGAAUAAAAGUGGUGCAAUUUUGUAACAGCAA